CCGAAACAGUGGAUCGCAUUGCUUUGGUAAAGUCCGCACUUGAAAGCGAUUUGUGAAGUUUUUGCAAAAGUUUGUUUGGGAAAGGUAAAUGGUUUUAAUGGUUUUAAGAUUUGAACAGACUUUACUCAUCAAUCGUGGGCCGCAAAGCUAGAGGCAAAGAGAAGAGCCACUCAAUAAGCGUGUGUUAUUGAUUUUUGUUCCCAUAACGGUGUCCAUCGCGUUCAGGUGCAGAAGCUAGGACACUGCAAGUAUUAUUCGCAACUUACGCAUUUAGAACCAAUCGAUAAUAACCUUCGAGAGUGAAACGAAAACGCAGUGUGUCGCCGAGGUUGACAUUGCCCUAAGGAAUUAUACCUUAGCAUACUUAUCGCCGAGAGCUGCAUAGCGAGGACUAAAUUUCCAUAUGUCUGUUGGAACAGAAACUGCUUCCACUCCACAAAUAAACGGCUUGCCAGUAUAUUGAGUGUAAAGGAACAGUGAAGUGAAUUGUCAAGAAACAUUCGUUCCGGGUUUGCCCUAUUGUAGAUACGCAUUAAAAAAACUGUCAAUGAAGAAAAUGUGGAAAAUGGCGAGAAUGGCCAGUACCGCUACUUGGCUGGUCUUAAUCCUGCUUUUGGCUGCCGCCACACUUCCGUGCCAUAGCUCGGUGGCCUUGCCGGAAGGAACGUUCCCGAUCGCCAAGCGAAUGAACAUUGAAACAUGUUUGGUGCGGUUUGACGAGCACCUGAAUACCAUUAUCCGCACAGAGGAAUCACGCUCCAUGGGGGCUCGGUUUGUUGACGAUGCCGAUCUUAAUUCUCGCGAGCAAUGUUUGCGGCUGUGCUGCGAAACUGAAAAUUGUGAUGUGUUCGUGUUUGAAGAAAAGAGCCCCGGAACGUGUUUCCUCUUCCAAUGUGGCCCCCCGGAGAACUUCCGCUGUAAGUUUACACGACACUCCAACUAUACCAGCGCUGUCCUAUCAAUCCCCACGCCCCCAAUCGAGCAACGUCCUCCCCCGCUGGCCGCUCAAAUACAAUCGUUAGCGCAACCCGAUCCCAGCAAGCUUCUAUCUCAGCACGAAAUGGAACUGGUCAGUUUGAAGCAGGGCGCAAUAGGAACUAACAGUAAACGCAGGCUGAAUUCCGGUCUAACCACCACCACACCGACACCGUUACCUCCGCUGGGAGUGCGCCUUGGAGACAUCGUUCCGACUGCCACCCCGACAGCACCGCAACAGAGAAAGACGCAGUGUGGUCACUUUGAAUUCUCCUGCCACUCGGGAGAAUGUAUAGCGGUGUACAACGUUUGCGAUGGCAUUCCGCAGUGCGAAGACGGGAGCGACGAGGGAGCGGACUGUCCGCAGAAAAAUUCGGCGUCCAUCGUUUCAUCCGUAUCCUCUGCAUCUUCCGGCGGUGGCUACCUCAGUCAGCCCGGUAUGCAGAUAGGCGGCGCAAACCCCAUUCGAGCUGUCGGGGGCUCGAAACCGCUGCUUUCGAUUGAUUCAGACCGAUCGCGAAUGUACCAGCAGAUGGAUUUUCCACCGCCGCCACCGAACCGAUUCGUGAUCGAGUCCGAUCAGCAACAACCGAAGGCGUCGGGGCACCGCAACCGCGAAGAUCCUAUGACUGCCCCCAAACCGUGGCCCCGUCCAGGCUUUAACGAGUUCCUGUAUGCAGAUACUCCCAAUAGUCACAUCUUCAGCCACAAGGGAGGGCUUCAUCUGUCCGCGAUGCCAUCCGCCCAACAGUACCAAGAGUCGGCCCCAGAAUCGAGCUAUCUUCCUGCGUCGCCGAUCGACCUGGGUGGUGCCGGUUCGGUCAAUGGAAACCAAUUGUAUCUCUCGGUGCGAGGUGACUCAUAUCCAGAUCUGGCACAGAAACAAGCUUUGCAACAGCAAUCAGUUUCGUCGCAGGCUCAGUGGAUGGGCGGCAACGGCUUACGGCCAGAUUGGGCCCAACAACCGCAACCAGUGUCGCCACAACUGCCGCAAGAGCAGUACAUCCAACCUCCGCUACAGCAGCGUCCUGCUCCCGUCCCGGUACAGCGCCAAGAGGCCUCCACUCUAAAUCAACCACCAACACAACACCAAUCGCCACCGAAAUGGCCGAUAGCAUCGCAGCAGGGUGCAACCCCGCCAGUUCCGACAUUUCCUAGCGUCGUUUCCGGUGUCAAUUCAGCAACAGAUCGGCAUCUGGCGUCGAGUAAUGUUGAUGGACCGGAAAGGCCAAACCAACCGAUGGGUGGCGACAGCUCAAAGCAGCAAAAAUCAUUCGCCGGGAAAUCGACUGUCGGUGACGCUGGCGUGGAGUACGACGAAGAGGGAUUCGAAGAAACGUAUCCUGAAACAACGAACGGUGCUGCGUUGGAGGCAGACGAAACACCGACACAAACAGACCCACCGAAGAAGAAGGUCCACAAGCACCACAAACACGAUCACCAGCCAACGGGACCUCAAAGUUCCGAUGGCACGAACGAAGCAUCGGGGCCACACGGAUCGGGAGGAGGGAAGAAGAAGAAAAAACUGAAAACAAUUAAAAAGGAUAAAGUUUUGACCGUUGAAUCGGAAUCCGCGGGAGCGGCCUCUCCGAUCGUACAUGAACAUUUCAAAGCAUUACACCAAGAUUUGGAAAUAGAAUUUGCCGACCACGACGGGUAUGCAGAUCGGCCAGGAGGGGCUAUGCUCUCGCUCACCCUCGGUGUACUACUUACUGCUGCCAUGGGCAUUCUACUGAGCUGCCGGAUGCGCGUGGCCCGUCGCAGAGUGCGUCGUCCCGGUAAAUCUUCUUACGCGCACGAUGCUGAUUUCCUUGUCAACGGAAUGUAUCUAUAAUUUAGCUCAUGAGUGAGGGUUUGCCCGUGAUAUUUUUUUUUCAUUGAACAAAUUAGUUCCACAUCAUAUCUUAGUGACAACAUUUCAUCCGUGAAGCAGGGGAAA